UAAUGAUGCCCAGUUCGAGGUGGCCUAUUACGCCAAUGUUCUGGUAGACCAUGAAGGUGCCUGCUACUGGUUACCUCCGGCCAUCUUCCACUCUUCCUGUUCUAUCAAUGUCAAUUACUUCCCCUUCGACUGGCAGAACUGCACGCUCAAAUUCACCUCUUUGACAUACAAUGCCAGAGAGAUCAAGAUGAUGUUGAAACAAGAAGGAAACRACACGGUGGAGUGGAUCAUUAUCGAUCCUGAAGGCUUCACGGAGAACGGUGAGUGGGAGAUCAUCCACCGGCCGGCCAAGAAGAACACCUACCGUCACAUUCCCAAGGAGAGCAACAAGCACCAGGACAUCACCUUCUAYCUGAUCAUCAAACGCAAACCUCUCUUCUACAUCGUCAACAUCAUCAUCCCCUGUGUCCUCAUCUCCUUCCUGGCCUCGCUGGUCUACUACYUGCCCGCCGACAGUGGGGAGAAGAUGACCYUGUCCAUCUCUGUGCUUCUGGCUCAGUCUGUUUUUCUGCUGCUGAUCUCUCAAAGGCUGCCGGAGACAUCCACGUCUGUCCCACUUAUAGUCAAGUAUCUGAUGUUCAUCAUGGUUCUGGUUACGGUGGUUGUGUUGAACUGUGUCGUGGUCCUCAAUCUGCAUUUCCGGACUCCAAGCACACACGUCAUGACGGACUGGACCAAGAGGGUCUUCCUGGAGCGGUUACCCCGAAUCCUGAGGAUGUCCAAACCUGCGGACGAUGAGCCCAUGUGGGACGGAGCAUUGCCCCGGCGGUCCAGUUCGGUGGGGUACAUCGCGGCUGCUGAGGAGUACUACAGCAUCAAGUCCCGCAGUGAGCUGAUGUUCGAGAAGCAGUCGACAAGGCAUGGAUUUGCCAAACGGCCCACGCCUGCCGCAG